GUGCGAUGAGGUGGGCGUGUGUGCGUGCUUGCUUGCGAGCGCAGACGAGCAGAACUACGACCAGCUAACGGCCGGCAGACCUAACUACCGUUCCACUGCAGCGUGCAUCUUUGGCCGCCAGGCAUCCAAGCUCGUGCAGCUCUGCAGGACAGCCCGCCCGCGAGUCCCCCAUCUGCACCUGACUACUAUACUACGCACACGCAGAGACGGCGCGCCGCCAUCAUCGUUCCUACUGCUCGUUCAUACUCCCACUGCCCCCUCGUCCCCACGCCGCCGCUGGUGUCGAAAGCAUCACCAAGACGUCCAUCCACCACGACGGUCCUUCUUCCUUAACCUUCCGAUUUACCUCCUAGUGUCCUCGUGGCCCGUUCCACCCCGCUCUUCGAAUUCUUUCUCAUCCACUCAAGACAACGGUUCCUUGUCUCGCGAUCGCCCUGCCGCCCUUCCACUCCUUCACUGGCUCAACUUCCGCACCGGACCCUAAAAGGCGAGCGCCAGAAUUUCCACUCUGCGCCAAAGUCGAAAAUCACCCGAAGACGUGCCCAGUAUGGUGGGCAUCUUCCGGCGCAUCUAUGAUUGGCUGCUCAGUCUGUUCUGGGCCACGGAAAUGGACAUCACCAUGAUCGGGCUCCAGAACGCCGGCAAAACAUCAUUGCUGCGAGUCCUGGCGGGCGGCGAGUUCACGAUAGACUCCAUUCCAACUGUGGGAUUCAACAUGAAGCGGGUGCAGAAGGGCCAUGUCACCCUGAAGUGUUGGGAUCUCGGCGGGCAGCCUCGAUUUCGUUCGAUGUGGGAGCGGUACUGUCGCGGGGUAAACGCCAUCGUAUUCAUCGUCGACUCCGCCGAUAAGGAAGCUCUCCCGGUAGCCAAAGAGGAACUCCACAUACUACUGGACAAGCCGGCCAUGGAAGGCAUUCCUCUGCUCGUGCUUGGGAAUAAAUCGGACCUCUCUGGACACGCGACGGUGGACGAGCUGAUCGCAGCAUUGAAUCUAAAGUCUGUCACGCACCGUGAAGUUAGCUGUUACGGCAUCAGCGCAAAGGAAGAGACCAAUCUGGAUGCGGUUCUGCAAUGGCUCAUUGCGCGAGCGCAGAAGUGAUGGUUGUUGUUACUGAUUACGUUUGACCCACGAAACGUUACGGCCGCGAUCCAUACGAAGACCCCACGAAGAUCAUGGCUCCAUCGACGACGACGGUGACGACACGAGUAGCUGUUUCUUAAUCUGGAUCAUUUAUCUUGUCGGCAUAGAAGGCAUAGGGAUAGCGGCGCGAAGCUGCGAGCCAGCAAUGGCACUUUUGAAGCAAAAUGUUGCAUCCUGAACUCAUUGUAUCUCAUUUGUUUUGGUGGGACGGGAUAGGGACUUUCGUUUGGUUCAUCCAUUCAAAACUGCGGAAGGGGCGAGAUGUUGCGACUUCGAAGGAUGGACGGGUGGUUUGGAGAUUUGGUGUUCGAUAUCAUGUGAUGAAUGAGGCAUGCGAGACGGCCGAGAGACUUCCGUGGGCGGGACUGAGAUAGCAUAGGUAUGCAGUCGAAUCGGUCGAAGCUCCAUGUAUCGGUCCUCUACAGUUCCCACAGCUCUUCUGUUCGUCUCGAAUCGCAGCAGAAUUUCUUGUGACCCGUGCAGAAGUUUGGCGGAUAGCUCAUGGCAUCCCUGCAUCCAGGCGAGGCGUCGCGGGUAGCUCUUUGUCGGCGGCAAAUGGCAGGCACGAGGACAGCGAGGAAAAGGUCGAGCAGAGAAAUUGUGCGCACAAACGAGAGGGUUCGUGGUUGGCAG